AUGACGAGAGGACCAAAUCAGGAGAGCAUCCUGCUGCUUUGUAAAUGCAUUACAGUGAAUGACCUUGGUCGCUCUAGGACGAAAAUGUGUUACCGACAGGAUCACCAGAUCCUGAGAGGACCCCUCCACUGGACAGCCAAUAAGAAGUGUGAACGUUACACAGGCAGUAACGUGGACACCCAAAGAAGGACCUUGCAAGAACUAGCAGGCAAAAACCGUGGUAAUCCAGAACCUGAACUAACCUCCAUUGCUUGCAAUGACACACAAGCAGAGGCUGCUGCAGAUUUGUCUCUGCGGCAGUUAAAUGCACAUCGGAGGCGUGGGUUUGUCUUUGGGCUCAAUCGAAUUACCAAUGUGCAAGAACAAUUUGAUGAGGAAAAUGGAUCUGUAUUUUACCUUACACUGGAUGUGUUGGAAACAGACUGUCAUGUCCUGAGCCGCAAACUGUGGAAUGACUGCCAACCCAAGCCCAGUUAUGAGGCUGUUUUUGGAGAGUGCAAGGUGACAUUUCAACUUAGCAAACCAAAAAGGAUUGCUCACCUCCAUAAUUACGACUGCGUUUUGACUCCAGGGAGGCGUAUUGGCUGUGGUGGCUGUCUUUUCCCCCAGCCACUCAAUGACACCAACUUUGUUGAAGUUGCAAAGAAUAGUCUGGGGAAAUUCAACAGUGAGAGCAACAACAUCAAAUACUUCCUUCUUGGAAAUAUUACAAAGGCAGCAAGCCAGGUAGUUGCCGGAAGAGCCUAUCAUGUGGAAUACACCAUUCAUGAAUCUUCCUGUAACAAAUCAACUGAGGACCCUUCCCAAUGUGAGCCUCUGAAUUGUGAAUUUGCACACACUGGUUACUGCAAGUCUUUUGCUGUAGCACACUGGAGCGCACCAGGUGACAAGCAAGUGAAAACGGUCUCCUGUGAUAUAUUUGAACCAGAGGUAUGA